UAGUGCACACAUAAAUACGAAUACUCUCAAGUCCCGUAUAAAAGCAAACACCACUCGCCCUUGCACAUCAGAUUCGACAGCACGGACCAUGGCGGCUGCAACCAGCAGCAAUACAACCACAGCUACUCUUCCUAUAAAGCAUUCCAGCAUCGAACAUACGAGAAAACGCAUAGACCCGCGGCGGAGACAAGCGGCACUCUCGUUCCUCAGCAACAUUUCUUUGGACGGACGGCCAGUGCAGGAUGACGGCGACAAUCAGGGCGACGAGGACGGUUCAGUUGAGGCGAGGACUAGACAGAGCCUGGUUUCUGCAGAGCGAGCGGUGUAUUCGGCUGGUGCUGCAGCCGCAGCAACGGCGGCCCAGGCGCUCGCUGCUGCAAACCAGGCUCUCAUGUUCAAUGCUCGGGGGAGCUUUGGGAUCAGUCCGCUCGCGGCCCCGGUGUGCGCGAAUCCGGAAGGGGACGCAUUCGCUUGCGGGGUGCAUGCUGGCCAGUCUGUUUUUAGCUCUCCAUUUCCCGCAGUGCCACCAGCGACCAGGGGAAGGCUGCAGACGUACACUCAGGGAAUUUUACCUGUCACCUUCUCCAGACAAGCAUCUCAAAACUACUGCUGCCUGGAGAGCGGGCAGAUCGGCAACGCUGCCUUGGAACUGCAAAGAUCCAGACGAAGACUCAUCUCCCAGCGUUCGUCCCUGGAGACUCUGGAGGACAUUGAGGAAAACGCACCUCUGCGCAGAUGCCGAACUCUGUCAGGUUCACCCAGACCAAAGAGCUUCAAGAAGGUCCACUUCAUCAAGAACAUGAGGCAGCACGAUACACGCACUGGCAGGAUAGUCCUUAUCAGUGGCAGAAGAUCCCUCUGUAGUGUAUUUUCUGUCCUGCCCUAUCGAGAUUGUAGCCAAGCAGGGGAUGUGAAACUGGACGGCGUGCGCCAGCGGCACCCCUCGGGCAGCGUCAGUGCCAAGGAGAUGGUGAUCGGGCUGGAGGGCGUCGAGCUGGGCGCUGACGGAAAGACGGUCUCCUACACCCAGUUCCUGUACCCCACCAACUCCCUCAGCGGCCGGAGGAACACCAUCGACUCCACCUCCUCCUUCUCCCAGUCCCGCAAUGCCAGCCACCGCAGCCUGAGCCUGGGCCGGGCCAACAGCACCCAGGGCAGCAUCGACACAGGGAAUGACAUGGGGGACUGCUUUGAGUAUGACCCCAACCUUCUGGACGACCCCCAGUGGCCGUGCGGGAAGCACAAGAGGGUGCUGAUCUUCCCGUCCUACAUGACCACGGUCAUCGAGUACGUGAAGCCCUCUGACCUCAAGAAGGACAUGAACGAGACCUUCAAGGAGAAGUUCCCCCACAUCCGGCUAACCCUCAGCAAGAUCAGGAGCCUGAAGAGAGAGAUCCGAAAGCUGGCCCAGGAGGAGUGCGGGUACGAGGAGCCCACGGUGGCCAUGGCGUUCGUCUACUUCGAGAAGCUGGCGCUGAGGGGCAAGCUCAACAAGCAGAACCGCAAGCUGUGCGCCGGCGCCUGCGUGCUGCUGGCCGCCAAGAUCGGCAGCGACCUCAAGAAGCACGAGGUCAAGCACUUGAUAGAUAAACUGGAGGAGAAAUUCCGGCUGAACCGGAGGGAGCUGAUCGCCUUCGAGUUCCCGGUGCUGGUGGCGCUGGAGUUCAACCUGCACCUUCCAGAGCACGAGAUCAUGCCCCACUACAGACGCCUCCUGCAGAGCUCCUAGCGCUGGCUACCCAUCAGGAGAGCGCCGCCCGCCGCCCUCUCCUGAUAAAGGGCUCCCCGAGGCCCCGCCCUCUUGGGUGGCUCCGCCCUUGGCCGAGCCCGACACCCGCGAGGCUUCACCCCACCCGGAUUCCAGCCGUUCCCUUGAGCCCCUGACAGCCGCCGAUCACAGAUUCCCCGAGGCUCCGCCCCACAAGUCGCCCCUCAGAACAGCACUCAGUAAAAUCCACAAACACAUGUCCAAAACGUAUUUCUGCACAGACAUUCUGGGCAACAGACAAACAACAGCGCAUAACAGGAGGUGCUGACCAUCCUCCAAUUUUUUUUCAUUUUUCAUUUCCUUUUUUGUUUCAAGCUUUUUCUUCCAGAACUGACUGAUUUCUACUUGUACAUUUUUUUACGUUCUUGAAGAUUUUUUUCUCUAAGCAGUUGUGUUGCUAAGGAUCUUACAGGUUGCUAUGUGUUGCAAGUGACACCGCCGUUAAGAUUCUGAGAUUCUAAGAUUGCAACGGGGGGUGGAAGUGACAGCUUUUUUAAGAAACGUGUCACCGGUUUCAAAGCUGUUGUGAACAGAAAGUGGGAGAUUGAAGCCUCCCUCCCAGCGAGCCUCCCGCUUUGCAAUUAAGGAAUUCUGGGCCAGAUUUACUAAAGCAAACGAUGGAAAGAUGAAGACGCAGGUUCACUGCGGUUACACUCAGCGUGAAGUUCACAACCAAUUUACUCUGACCAGUUAUGUAGAACAGAUAAUUACACCAUCAAUUUAAGGAAACAGUCUGUUACCACAUUUCCCCACAGCAUCCCUGAGCAUUACAACACAUGGUGAAUGGCACCUUACCUCACACAAGACCAUGUAAUGUGUGAAAAUAUAAAACUUAAGACGUUUUAGAUGGGGGACUAUAUUUUUGGUAUAGCAAUAUACAAAAUAUGAAAGAAACAUCUGGAAUACUGUCUAUUUUGCAACAAUGGUAAAAAAGAACAGCUAAAGAAAUUUUGAAGAGGUGGCAGGGAACAGGAGCCAUGCAGUAAAUAUAGAAAGAUAUCUCCAUUUAGUUAUUGCCCAUCUGGUCUGUGCAGUCAUUACCUGCAUAUGUCACAGGUAAAUAGCAUUGCUUUCACCCCCACUAUGCAGGGCUCUAACCAUUUAUACACAGAAAUAUGAACAUUAAUGUCAUACAUUUAAUUGAAUACUAUCAAGCCUAUUUACUGUGAAAAAUCUUUUCCCAGUUUUAGAAGGUUCACCUUGGGAGUGAAUCAGAAGGUAACUAAUUACAAUGAGAAUCAAGGGUCAAUGUGCAUUGUGCUGUCAUCCCCAAAAAGUGGUUCUACAUUAUGACUGUUUUUAGAAUCUCACUUAAUCUUAAGCUGUUGUACCACUAGAACCAACUGCAAUUCACACACAGCGUUUUAGUAAAUA